AGAACUUUCUCCUCCCAAGGGCCUCCCGCGAGGGCCUCCCAAACACUCGAAUGCGCCUUUGUUUUGAUCGGCUCACGUGGAUUUGUUUACGGUCGAUGUGGCACCAUCUGCUUCACACUCCAGACAUUAUUAUCUAUAAACGAGGUCCGUGACGGAGGUGUGGAGGCAGUUUGAGUCUCCAGGGAACACAGAAUACCAGCAGGACUAUGAACAAUGGCAGCGAGGGAGAAUUGGAUGGGUUAUGCGAGUCCCUCAACCAGGCAGAACUAGUGGCCAUGGUUGAACUGCAGCUGUCAGAAGUUGACAUGCUACAAUCUAUGUUCCCUGAUCCACGGGAGUUAGUGGUGGAAGACCCAUCAGUGUUGUGUGACUUGAGGGACUUUGCUGAAGGCCGCACGUUGCUUCUUCCUCCAUGUCUUGACUUGAUCAUCAAUUUGGAAGUUAAAAAGGGCUGUCUGAGCAUGAGUGUCAUUCUCCCUCACCACUAUCCAGCUGUGCAGCCCAAUAUAUUUGUUCGUUCACAAACACUGAGUCGUGAUGCCCAGCAUCGUCUCAACCAGGAGCUUUUGGGGUAUUUAAAGACUUUACAAAAAGGUGAUUUGUGCAUAGGACCUGCUGUUACAUGGUUGCAAGAGAAAGGUGAGACAUUUUUUGAUCAUUCUGAAGAGCUGCCAAAAACUGAUGCACAUUCACUGGAAACCAAAGACACUAAGUUUGCUCGGCUGUGGAUUUACUCUCACCAUAUAUACAGCAAGGUAAAGCGAAAAGACAUCCUAGACUUGUCAAAGGAAUUUGAUUUAACUGGAUUCUGUUUACCUGGCAAGCCAGGUAUCAUCUGUGUUGAGGGCUUAUCAUGCAACACUGAAGACUGGUGGCACAAGGUUAGAUCAUGGAACUGGCAGAAGAUUCUUUGUAAAAAGCGUGAAGAGAAAGAAAUGACAGCUGAGGAGGACGUAUCAAAAUGCCGGCGUUUUUCUACAUUUGAAGAACUUGGUUCAGAUAAUAAUAUCCGUGUAAAGAGUAGUGGGUUUCAUGUAGACAUGGGUGAUGUCUUUAGGUACUUGGAAAACCAUGAGUCAGGGUAUGUUUUUAAAGAGUACUUUGGAAUAAGUGGCCGGCCUACUUGACAUGCCACGUAAGUGUGCAAGCUAAACAUAGUAGAUUUACAUAAUUGCUUUAUGAUUGGGACAGGGAUAAUAUAAUGUUUUCCAUUACAUGCUAGCUUCAUUCUGGUGAUGAGAGCUUUGUCUAGAAUAUUUUAUUCUUUAUAAAAUUUUAAAAAUAUAACAUGCUCUAUAUUUUUACUCUACAGUAUGUUAAUUAAAUUAUAAACAACUAGUAUAAAUAUAUCCAAACAGUCUAGUCUUGAUUAUUUGAGGUAAUUGGUUAAAGAUGAUGUAUUAAUCUCUGUUAAAACAAGUGCAUGUAAUGAAAGGUGCCUCAUACAUAUGCACUAUAUGUAUUUAAUAGUAUAUGAAUGGUUCUAUAUAUGCACGAGUGGAUAGCAUUUCAAUUGGAGCACGAAGCACAGUUCAAGCCUUUAUUUACUCGCAUCUGGGUUAAUAGAUUCUCUGAUAAUGAAGACUUGGCAAUCAACUUACUGAAACAAGUUGAACAAUAAGUUCUCAUUAACAUGACUUAUUUUACCUCAAUUUAUUUUGUACACAAUAAAACUUAUGUAAAACUUU